AAAACAAAAAGGUGUGUAAAUACUCGACGUAAGCAUGUCAUACAAGACAACUCACCUUAGUAAUUCUCCCAGGAAACUUCCUGAAAUACGAUGUGUGCAUCGAUUUUCAUCAAAGUUAAGAAUGAGGACACAAUUAUUUCUAUGCUCUACUUGUAUGAUAGUUUCAAUGUUAAAAUUUAAAAUAUCUGACUUCAGUAUUCUAUGGAAGAGUAUUGGUCGCUAUCACGUUAUAACGUGGCAUGUUUCACGUUAUAAUGUGGAUGUUUCAUGUUAUAACAUCAUAUGUUUCACAUUAUAAUGUUGUUAAUUACACGUUAUAAUGUGAAUCAUUUCAUGUUAUAAUGUGAAGUUUCAUAUUAUAGCGUGAAAAGUUUCACAUUACAAUGUAAUUCAUUUCAUGUUAUAAUGUGAAACUUUCAUGUUAUAACAACAAGUCCAUGCGAGGUGCAGGUAUUAUUUUUGUCCACUAGGGGUCGCCAUCCUCAUUCUAUUCUUGUAUCUGUGGUUGAGUGUGUGUGACUAGCCGCAUGGGUGUCGGCUAGUCAUGGGUCCGGCAACUCCGGUGCAUCAGCGCAUGUAUCGACCUCAUAAAGCAAAACACUUGUGUUGGUCCGAUUACCACUUUCAGACAAACAUCACGUGAUCAACACAGCAACUGGAUUGGUCGCGCAAAAGUACCAAAAUGUGUUGAUUAGCAAGCGACACAUCUGCUUUCAUGCUGAAAGGAGAAUCGUAUUAUUGCGUGCUAUUUUUGGAUUCAUAUUUUCACUGUGUCGGUUUGUGGAUGCAAUGGAGCAGUCAAAAAAGAGGACACUUUCUGGAGCAUUUUCAUUUGACAACGCCAAAUAAGUGCGUCGGGUGGUGAGGAGGCGGCGCUUGGUGAGAGACAAAGGCGAGAUGAAACGGACUCACCGGGGAAGCAGCGCUCGGGCAUCUUGGUCGCAUAGUGUGUUGGGACACUGGCAUGAGAUCUACGGUUUUGUGGAGCAGCUGACCAAGAAGUUUGUCAGUCCCACGAUGAGGGUCUCCUAUAUUGUAUUUUCAACCCGAGCGGUUGUAAUCCUGCCAUUAACCGAAGACAGGUGCUUCCUCCUCCGCCUCCUCCUCUUCCAAAAUGGGAAACUGCAGAUAAGCAGAUUACACAGAAACUUCUCUCUUAUCAGUGUUGUGUUUAUUUUAACCCGUGCUGUCCACAAUCUGGUUUCUGGCUUUGACAGGUCCAAGGUAGACGAGGGCUUGGCGGAACUGAGCCAAAUCAAACCCACCGGUUUAACAUUUAUGCAUGAAGGCUUGAAAGCAGUGUUGGAACAGAUGAUGUCACAAACGACGCCGUCUCGCAGCGUCAUCAUCGUUCUGACCGAUGGCGAGCUGGACGUGUACCCCUUCCAGCUGAGUGUGGAGGAGGCUAACAAAGCCAGAACCUUUGGAGCCCGGGUGUACUGUGUCGGGGUCCUGGGCUUUGAUCACAAGCAGCUUGUUGAAAUAGCCGACAGCGCGGCACAAGUCUUCCCGGUGUUGUUGGGUUUUCACGCUCUCAAAGACGUCGUCGGCUCGAUCCUGAGGGAGUCCUGCUCGGAAGGCUUCACAAUAGAGCCGUCAAGUGUUUGCGUGAAUGAGUCUUUCAACGUGAUGCUGCGAGGCAGUGGCUUCAGCGAUUCGAAGAGGACGGACGACAUUCUCUGCUUCCUCACAGUCGGUCAGGACACAUACAGACAGAAGGCAACGCUUGUUAGAGAAGGUCUUCUGUUGUGUCCCGCCCCUGUGCUGCAUGAGGCUGGACAAUCAGUUGAGGUGCUGGUGAGUUUAAACAAUGGAUGGUCUUACAUAUCUGCCCCCAUCACCAUCCACGCCACAAACUGUUCAGAUGGGAGUUGGGUGCUCUGGCUACUGUUGGCUCUUUUGCUGUUGUUGAGCUUCGGUCUGCUUUGGUGGUUCUGGCCUCUGUGCUGCACCGUGGUGAUCAGAGACCCUCCGCCCUCUCGCCCUCCUCCUCCUCGUCCCAUACUUGCGGUAGAAGAAGACCUGUCCCCCAAGCACAAGUGGCCCACAGUGGACGCGUCGUACUACGGGGGGAGAGGUCCUGGUGGAAUCAAACGUAUGGAGGUCCGCUGGGGGCAGAAGGGGUCCACUGAGGAAGGGUCCAAGCUAGAGAAGGCCAAGAACGCGGUGGUCACAAUACCAGACGAAAUCCAGGAGGAUGUCAUACCUCGACCCCCGCGAAGUCCUCCGCCCGUUUGCGCACCGGCGGAGCCCAAGUGGUACACUCCCAUCAAGGGGCGUUUUGAAGCCCUCUUGGCGUUGUUGAGAAGGCAGUACGACAGGGUGGCAAUCAUGAGGCCAUCACCUCGUGACAAGGGCCGAUGCAUCAACUUCACCAGAGUUCACUGAAAAUGAAACUACUAUUUACAGCUGUGCUGUCGUUAGCAUUAUUUUUAUUUUUUUUUUUAUAUAUAUAAAAUGGUGACAUUUAGUG